CUCAAGAGCAUUGACAACUAUGGAGUGCUGUGUCUAGAUAUGGUCUGGUGUAAUCUUCAGCUGCAGAAAAUUGAAUACCUUAAAGAUGCACGAGAAAAGUUAGAAAAUGCUCAGAAGUACUUCAAUGAGUGCUUUGGAGAAAAUCAGGAACGACUCCGGAGACUUGAGGAUGACAGUGGGAGACAUCAGAUAUUGUUCCUUCAGCUCUACGUGCUCUGGGGGGUGUGGUUUUAUUACAACCAGAUGGAGAAAGAUGCUUUGAAAAACCUAGACCAGGCAGAGAAACUACUGAAUAAGUUGAGAUUGAAUGAUUCAGAUGUGGCUGACCUUGUAAAUCAGGGAUUCACCACCUGGGAAGCUCGACUUGCCUUGCGGGCCACUAUGGGCGACGUUGAGGAAGCCAAGGUGCACAUUAAUAAAAGAAGGGAGCAGAGGGCUCAGCAGCAAAGGAGAGAAGCAGACGAAAGAAGGCAGCGCCUCAGCACGCAGGCCACAGGGAGUAAUACAGAUGUGCCUGAGGAGAACAGGAGGUCUGAUCAGGGAAACCAGAAUUCACUUAUGAACACAAAUCCUCCACUGACUGCGGAUACAGUAACAACGCCAACUCCGGGUGAAAACUCAUCUUCAGCCUCACCAGAUCCUUCCUCUCCAUCUCCAGGUGCCCAAGGCAGCUCUGAGGAUGAUGAUGUUCUUCAAGAAAUCCUGGCAUUACUGCCUGAGGAUAAAGACGACUACAUCAAUGUGACCUUGGAGGAAGAGGAAGCUGUCAUCCUUGAGUAUAAGGCCAAACUCACUAAACAAAGCAAGGUGGAGGAAGCGGCCCCAUCUACCCCAAAGAAGGAAAAGACUGAGCCAGAGGCUGAUGCUCCCCCACGAGAUACCGAGAUCUGAACCUGACCCACAGCAGUCUCUGAUGAGCAGCAUUCCCCUAUUUCCCACCUAUGUGCAGAAGAGUGAAUAUGCACAGCUUAAUAUAACUUGUGCACAGCCUGCUUGUCCCCUGCUCUGAAAAAUUCCAAUUGCUAUGUGUCACUGAGCCCAGAGAUAACAUUGCUGAUGACCAGCCAACAUGUAUGAGUCCAAACCUCAUUUAGACGCCACCACAAACAGACAAACAUGGCCCCACCGAUAAUCUAGAUGAACUGCAAAAGUGACAAGAGGCUGUACACACACCCGUACUAUCACCUUCACCUCAUUUCACCAUCACUCCAUUACUUUGCACACCCUAUUUUCUCAGGAACACGUGACCCUCAUGAUUUUACUUCCCAAACUCUUAUCUGUCGGUGAAAUUCAUAUGCUAAUAACAUACCUAUUCUGUAAAUUUAUUCAAACCUCCUUGUGAUUAUCGCAAAUUCUCCUCAGGUUCCACCACUUGGUGUCAUUCACAAGUUUAGAACUUCCUGAGAUUCCCUUCCUAAUAGCAUUGUCUGUACUGACACCAGAUGGAUUCCAAACAGUGGCUCUCUGCCAGUUCCUCAAGGGUAACGAAAGAUGGACAAUAAAUGUGGGUCUUGCUACCACUACCACAUCUGGCUGAAGAGUGUAAAACAAAAAUACACCUGCUCUGGCAUGGCACGGUGGCUCAGUGGUUAGCACCACCAG